GGCUACUUCCGCAAGAGUAGCCUAAGCACUAAAUAGAUAUAGUCGUUAGCAGGUUAUUGCGACAACGGCACUGUACGCAGAGAGAGGACUUACACUUACACCAAGCCUUUCCUUUUUGCAUAAGUGUAAGCGCCGCUGGGACAUUUCUGUCUGUUCUGCAGUGUCUCUAACAAGCUGUUGCCUGCGGAGCAUGGAGAUGGGACCCGAGGAGGGUGAGUUAGGGGGGGAUAGCGACUCCGUGCCCUACCAGAAAAGAAUGUGGAAGCAAUUUCAGGCGAAAUCCAAACCCUUUAUGAGCAAUAAACUUGCCUCAAGUCGCGGCGAAGGAAAAAAAGAGGGAGGUAGCUGGCUGUUUAAGAAGAAAAAACAGCAUCAGAACGCCCUGGUGCGAACGCUGUCCUCCUCGCAACCCAACCUGCACACUUUAGGAUCACUGCGUGACGGUGAGGAAGACAAGCCCCCCCGUUGCGGCACAACAGACCCGCGCAUCCGCAAGGCACGGGCAGCGAUGCACGGAAACACUGCGGGGGCAGAGAUCGCUAAACAGCCGGUGAUGGCGAAACAGAGUAGCCCAAAGCCCACCGUGUCACAUUUGGUGCAAUCACACCAUAAGAGCUCCUCUCUCGGCUCAGCUUGCCUUGAGACGUUGCGGAAGGACCCCGUGGUCAAAGAUGGGGAGAGACAACAGCUGGAUGACAUGGAAUCGAGUAUCCAUGCCCCAGGGCAGCCCUCUGCGACCCCCGCCCUGCCCUCCUCUGGUUUGUUCCAGCUGGACAUCACGCUCAAGAAGGGCAACAACCUGGCCGUACGGGACAGAGGAGGAACCAGUGAUCCGUAUGUGAAGUUUAAGUUGGCCGGUAAAGAGGUGUACCGUAGCAGAACCAUCCACAAGAACCUCAACCCCGUAUGGGAGGACAGAGUUUGUCUCAUAGUGGAUAGCCUGCAUGAGCCACUUUAUAUCAAAGUGUUUGACUACGACUUUGGUCUUCAUGAUGAUUUCAUGGGCUCAGCCUAUCUUUACCUGGACACUCUGGAACAGAACAGGCCUCUGGAUGUGACUCUGGACCUGAGGGAUCCCCAUCACCCUCAGCAGGACCUGGGUACUCUGGAGCUGAUGGUCACUCUGGGCCCCAAAGACAAACCCAACAGCGAAUCGACAGCAGGACUCAAAACUCAUCGGUGGAAGCCUUAUGUCGCUAAAACAAUGCUUCUCAGGAGGAGCUGGAAGAGAUCCAGCAAGACUCAGCAGCAGAGUCUCCGUCUGUCAGACCUGCACAGGAAGUCUCAGCUGUGGAGCGGCAUUGUGAGCAUCAGCCUCAUCGAAGGUCGCGACCUCAUUCCCAUGGACCAGAACGGCCUCAGUGACCCUUACGUCAAGUUCCGCCUCGGACACCAGAAGUACAGGAGCAAGACCAUGCCAAAGACACUGUGGCCCCAGUGGAGGGAGCAGUUUGACCUGCACCUAUAUGAGGAGGAGACCUAUCUACUGGAGAUAGCAGUGUGGGACAAGGACACUGGCCGACGAGACGACUUCAUUGGACGGUGUGAUCUGGACCUGUCCACUCUGAGUAAGGAGCGCACUCAUAAGCUAGAGCUCCCCCUAGAGGAGGAGAAGGGUAUGGUGGUGCUGCUGAUCACCCUGACUGCCUCUACUGCCGUGUCCAUCUCAGACCUGUCCGUCAACAUGCUGGACGACCCUCUCGAGAGGCACCAGAUCAACAAGAGAUAUGGUUUUCUGCGGUCCUUUACAAACCUGAAGGAUGUGGGGAUUGUCCAGGUGAAGGUGCUGCGGGCAGAGGGACUACUGGCUGCGGAUGUCACUGGGAAGAGUGACCCUUUCUGUGUGGUGGAGCUGUGUAAUGACCGGCUGCAGACUCACACCGUCUACAAGAACCUCAACCCGGAGUGGAACAAGGUCUUCACCUUUAAUGUAAAAGACAUCCAUUCUUUGCUAGAAGUUUCAGUAUAUGAUGAAGACCGCGAUCGCAGUGCAGAUUUCCUGGGCAAAGUGGCCAUUCCUCUGCUGAGUAUCCACAACGGCGAACAGAAGGCCUACGUCCUGAAGAACAAGGAGCUGACAGGGCCAACAAAGGGGGUCAUCUUCCUCGAAAUAGACGUCAUCUUCAACUCCGUGAAGGCCAGUUUGAGGACAGUGGUGCCGGCUGAAAGGAAAUACAUUGAGGAGGAACAAAAAGUCUCCAAGCAGCUGUUGCAGCAGAACUUCAGCCGAGUGAAACGUUGCAUCAUGUUCCUCAUUAGCGUGGGCACCUACAUCAACAGCUGCUUUGAGUGGGAGUCCCCACAGAGAAGCAUCCUCGCCUUUCUGUUAUUUGUGCUGGUGGUCUGGAACUUUGAGAUCUACAUGGUUCCUCUCUCUCUGCUGCUGCUGCUGUCGUGGAACUACUUCCUGUUGGCGUCGGGGAAGAAGAGUUGUGAUGGAGAUGUGGAAGCAGUGGAGGACUUCCUGCAGGACGAGGAGGAGGAGUUUGACAGAGAUGACAAGGACUCAGAGAAGAAGGGCUUCAUGGACAAGCUGUAUGCCAUCCAGGAUGUGUGUGUGAGUGUGCAGUCGGCUCUCGACGAGGUGGCGUCCUACGGCGAACGGAUAAAGAACACCUUCAACUGGACGGUGCCUUUCCUAAGCUGGCUGGCCAUCGCCUCCCUGAGUGUGGCCACGGUCAUCAUCUACUUCAUCCCCCUCAGAUAUGUGGUGCUGGCCUGGGGUGUCAGCAAGUUUACGCGCAAGCUGCGCGACCCCUACAUGAUUGACAACAACGAGCUGUUGGACUUCCUGUCCCGAGUGCCCUCCGACGUGCAAGUGAUUCAGUUUCGAGAGUUAAAGCUGGAUCCAUCACAAAGCCCCAGCAAACGGAAGCGAACCAACCCAGGCUAGACUGCGUUUAAAAAAAAAAAACCCUGAGUGUGGGUUUUUGUUUGUUUCAUUUCUUUUCAAACGUAGAGCACAGCUCAUGUAAAUUCAACUGUACAUACUGUAAAGACUAUAUACAUCUGUAAAAUUGUACACUCUGUAAAAAAGCACUCUGUUAUGGUAGCAGUGUCCCAGGCAUAGCACAGGGGAUAGUCUAUAGGAAUGCCUCAGUAGCUUUGAAUAAAAACCUCGUAUCCCUUUUUUCCCUCCCUUUUUGAAUGACCAGUGCCCUUCCAUCUGUACAGCUAAUUCACACAUCCAUGGGGUCACCUUUGUAAUCUUUUUUAUAUUAUUACACCAGAUGUCACACAGAUAGUCUUACAUGGAUGAAUAAUUUUUGAAUCUGUACAUCUCACUCCUGACAAAAGAAAAGAACGUGUCACGAAAGUUAUGAAAUUCAAGAUCAAAUUUAAACAGUUGUCGUUACCACUUAUUGUUUACCAUGAGAUAUCAAAAGUACUUGAUGGCAAAGCUAUUUGAUUCAAUUCUCCCUCCCAAGCUUUGUUUUCUGAUUGGUCUUUGCACGUGCUAGGUUUACGCCCUGUUUAAAUACAAGUGUUACUUAAUCUCACAUAUGGAUAGACCAUCCGUAUGGUAAAUGGCUCAAACAAUGCUAUGCCUAUACCCAUUUAGCCAUUUAUUUAUUAUUACCGAUUCUUAUUUGUUGUGAAGCCCAGCAUAUCUUUUGUAUUUAUGCACCAUUGUUAUAAUAAUCUACCAGUUAAACUGUACUGAGGCGUUUUUGCCAUGUGUAUAUAUAAUCGUAGUGGUAGUCUGCAUUUACCGACGAUACUGCAUGCUGCAUGCAGUUUGUUGUGUGCAUGACCCGAAGGAAAAAGUUUUCUUCCUCUCCGAAGGAGCGCUGAGAGGGGAGAGACGAGUGAAGGACCUUUGGGUGGAUCGAUCCUCGAGAUCCCCCCCCCCCCCCCCCCCCCCGUCUGCCCCUCUCUGUGACGUGCGAGUUGAUGCACUGCGGUGCUCGCGGCUCUGUAACCUGUGUUUGUAAAGAUAAAAAUUGUGUCGACCGUGAGAAUGUCCAUGUUUGAUCUCUAAAAGCCCCCCCCCCCCCCUGUCAUCAGAAGAGGACUGGUCUGUGGACUUUUGUUACGACGUCCCACUGUUCUAAAGCUCGUUUCUGUGUGAGAUACGCUCGCCUGACUGUCUGUCUGUCUGUCUGUCUGUCUGUGAACCUCUUGAACAGUUCCAGUGGUGUAGAGCCUGUUGUCAUGGUCACAAGUUUGACUUUCUGUUUUUCACGUCUGUUCAUUAAAUUAUUGUAUAAACCUCUAUAAAAACCUU